AUGGGGGAUUUCAAUCAAAUAGGAGAUGGCUAUGUAAGGAAAAGUGGGAGAGCUGAGAUUAGAGGAAUAGAGAAGCUAAAAUAUUUAAUUAAUGAUUUAGGGUUUACUGAUUUGCAGCUAAGUGGUAAGAAGUAUACAUGGAGAAAUUCCCAUGCGGCAAGUAGGAUUGAUAGGGCUUUGUCAUGGCUCAGUUUUGGAGAGUUAAUUCAGAAUCUUUGGAAAGAAACUUUGUCAACAUACCCUAAUUCUCCUCUUCCACUUAGAAUGAAGCUGCUGAAACAGAAAUUAAAAUUAUGGAAUGCAACAUUGUUUGGCAGUAUUGAGACUGGAUUGGGUGCCCUGAAGCUAGAAUUAGAUAAAUGGGACGAUAAUGAUGAAUUGAGAAGGUUAUCACCUGUGGAGGAAGAUGUCGUGAUGAAAUUAAAGGAAGAGCAAAAGAUUUGGCUUGUCAGAUGGAGAAAGAACAAGAUCAAUUCAGUUUUGGACGGGGGCAGAGUUUAUGGGGAAAAGGAGGAAAUUAGAAAGGUUAUUGUAAACUACCAGGAUUUGCCAGGAUUUUCCCUUGUCUGGUUGUCAAUAUGGAUGAGAGCUCUUAAUGCCAACUUCAAUUUUUCUGGUUCGGAUUUACUUCUAUCUUCGAAAUCUGUUAAGAGCUAG